GGAAGAAGGCCGUGGAGCAGAACAGAAGGACAUCGACCCGGCUGCCACAACUCUCGACGCCCGUGCGUAGGUUGGACGACGACAGCGAUUUGCUCUGCAGGUAUUGGAUAUCCAAAAGUUGGAGUUGUUUAUUCUUGGUAAGCCCAAGCUAUGGCCGGUACCACAGAGACAGCUCCCAAGCAGGCUUCGGAGGAAGUGAAGCUGGAUUUGUUUGAGGACGAUGAUGAGUUUGAAGAGUUCGAGACCGAAGAGUGGGACGAUGAAGAGGGAGAGAAGGUUGCUCUGCAACAGUGGGAAGACGACUGGGAUGAUGACGACGUGAACGAUGACUUUUCCGCCCAGCUCAGAACUGAGCUUGAAAGUGCCUCUGCGGUUGCCGAGACUCCCGCAGCAUAAUGCAAGUUUUGAUUUUGAUGGGUUUUGAGAUCUACAUCAGCUUUCUAUCCGGCGAUCAUCCAUCUCCAGAGAUAGAAUCACUUACUCUUUCUUGAAGAUCACGGACUGUUUGUACAGAGUGGUGAACGUUGGAAACAACAUAGUGGAUGGAAGAAAACAUGUAGUAAUAAUGGCAGGAGUAGACGGGGAAGUUUUACUUUAUGCUUCCCAAUCCUCACAAUCCAAGGGCACCAGACAUCGUAGCUGGGAAUAGUCUUUUCCAUCUAGAUUCGGCCUUAUGGUUUUGGAGGAUGUAUUUCGUGAUAGGCAUGAUCAUUUUCUGGACCAGUUUUUUGGUGGUUCUGGAUGCUCUUCUUCAUGGCCCAAGCAGAUGAGACCAUCCUGCCGUGGUUGAGGUUUUAGUUUUUGCUUCAUCAUCGACAUAGACGCCCAACUUUUGUAAAUGUUCUCUCAAUCCACCGUACAUGUUUUGAUGAACCGAAUAAUUUCUGU